AACACUACAUUCUUUACAUUUUGCUUCUUUCAUGACAAAUAAUUUCACAUUCAACGCUACUUCUUCAGGUAAUAAGCAUCUAACAUGCUCUAACACCAUUAUUUUGCGAUAUAAAACUCAUGUUUGCUCUUUCUAAAGGAAAUAUAAAUAUUUAUUUGUUUCUGAGGCAUAAUGUGCCUUCAAAACCAAAUGGAGAUUUGUCACCUGGAAGUUAACUCAUAUAUAAUUUUCAAGAUUGGGAAUUGCAUAAGCUACAGCUUAUCUUAUUAUUGCUAAUGAAAUAUUCCAAAGAAUAAAAAAUUACUGUGUUAACGGUAUUUUCAAACACUAAAAAUGGUGUUUAUUCUGACGUACAAAAAGGUUUUAAGUUUAUCAUAUUUCUUUGUAAAAUAUUUUUCUUUAAUAUCGUUUUUGCUUAUUUAUACUGUUGGUUUGUUUGUGUACUAAGAUGUUCGAAAGUGUUGGAACGUGUUACCGUCUCAAGUGCCCUUAUACAAAGGUAGUGAUGUAUUAUCAAGAUUAGAGGAUUGAAAAAACGUCCUACUUUUUUUAAAUACAUGUAUUUUCUUUACAUUGUAUUAUUGUACGGAUUAUAAUAAAUGAAAGACAACAAAUAUAUUUGGAAAUGUUAGUGCACGUACCUUGAUAAAUAUAUCCAAUACUCGAACAGUAUGUAGUAUAUUUGCUUGUAUUCAUAAAAUUCAUUUAUCUACAUGUAUAUGAUUUAUAAACUUCCGGCUAGUAUGUAUAUUUAUAUCAGUCAAGUUUACGUUUUACCUUUAUAUUACUCUUCGUGUUUACAUUAUCGUACAUACUUCAAACCAGGAAUUAAAUAUGUAUAUAUACACAAUACAAAUGAUCUUUUAAAGCAACCAUGAACCUGAAUUUAAGUUUACUGAUAUUUGGAAUAUUCAUUUCGCUCUCAGAAGGUACAGCCACUAUUCAGGUACCAAGUGCUGGUAACUGUGGUGAUGAUACAGUUCUAUCAUGUCAGGUUACUGGUAGUAUUAGCUCUACUGGUUGGUCUGGACUAAAGAGAACAUUAGUAAUCAAUGGAGUUGUUGUAAGACCUGAAGACAACAACAAAUAUACAGAAACCAGGAGAACAUCACCGUUCACAUUGACAAUACACAACACUGACAUUACUGAUGAGGGAGAUUAUAGAUGUAGUAAUGGAUUUGAUAAGAGUCAGCCAAAACGUAUUAAUAUAGAAUGUAAAGCAUCAUCAGCUUCACACAGUGUAACAAGUGGAAAGAAAGUACAGAUCACAGUAGAUAAACUCUAUCCUGCCUCACCAACACUUUCUGCUACAUUUAAAAUUCAG